CUUGAACUUGACCGAUUGAACUCGAGCCCAAUCUUAAUGGAUACCCGACGUAGCGUGAACCUUGCCAGAAAGGCCUGCAUGAGAUGUCGGUCCCAGAAAAGGCGAUGCGACAGGUCUAUUCCUGAAUGCGGACUCUGUCGGAGGCGGCAUCAAACGUGUCAAUAUGAGACACGGGUACUACCACCUCCGAGUCCGCUUUCAUCGUCCCCAUUGUUCAAUGCAGCGCUUCCCUUGGAGACGGUGCGGCCGGGCCAUAUCAAGGCUGAUAUUGUUGAUAGACUCGGAUCAACGCCUGGAGUUACUUUCUCAACAUACGACCAAUCAAUCCAUCCUUGGUUUCCUAUUCUCUCUAAAGCCUUUCGGAAUAGGCUCCCGCAAUCCUGGGACGAAGUUUCCCUAGAUUGCGCACUUCUUGCAUUCUGCAUUGGUUUACUUUGCACCACCCCACAUUCCUCUUCAGGAGACGAAAGUGCGCCAUCCGAGUUCCAGUCGAGGUACCUCCAGGCCAAGAGCUGGAUAUCCGCGGUCGAAGGGCUUGGUAUUAACUCCGCCGAGAUCGUCCAAGCCAGGACUCUGGUAACUCUCUUCGAAGUCGCCCAUGGCUUCUACCCGGCGGCCUACAUCUCUAUAGCGGCUACUGCCAGAGCGGCCGAUGCGCUUAGAGCGUACCCAUGCACACAGCCAUCGGCUUUGCCCACUGAUCAUGUAGAACCAGAAGAGACCGUGCUAAUUAAAUAUGCUAUCCGCAUUCUGGACAGAUACAUAACAAUACACUCCGGACCUUACCCCUCUCUUACUCGCUCCCUCGCGGAAAACAUUGAUAGUCCAAAGCGAACUUUCUGGCCCAGUGGCCACGAGGAAGAUGCCGGAAGUGCUAUAUGGCGAUUUUCCCGUACAUUCGAAGCAUCAACCCUCCUUGAUAACAUACACAACGCGUUACACAACCCCACUGCCGAACGGGCAUUCAAUAUCGAAGAGGUGCAGCUGUUGGUUGAGACUUCAAACAGCCUGCGCACGAUUUUGGCCGAGGAGGUUGUACACGCAGACGAGAUAUACUCUGGCGCAGUGGCCCUUUGCGAUACUGGACUCCUCCUAGCCUACGAAAAUGGGUCCAAACUCCAGAUCAGCGACGAAGUGACUGCGAAUUGCCAUUCACUUGGUACGUUGUUCCUCGACUCGGUGCUUACAAGUAUAACCGACGCAAUCUCCCCCUUUGUCAGCAGCCCUGCUGUACAGGCCAUAGACCUUGAUCGUCUCCCUCCAUUUGCACUUUUCUUGGUGUACAAAGCAGCGGUGGUAGUAACAGAGAGGGUAUGGCUGGCUCCGGACUCGAGUAAGGAGGCAUUGAGGAAGUUACAAGUACUCAGGGGGUUUCUGAGCCUGGUGGGUGCGAGAUGGUUAUGCUGCAAGCAUUAUAUCCACCUUCUCAACGAGGAUACAACGCCGCGAACUUUGAAAGCUAUAGAGCGGCAAUCAUACCUCGACUAACUAUCCGCGUUAACAAGGUGACUCCUCUACUUUACGGCACGAGGAAAUUUUCUAUGUUUACUGGGACGGGGGAUACUCCAGAGAACCGACGGAAAUUUUAAUCCCAACCCUGCCGGCGAAGAACAUGCUGUAUGUGGACUUUUAUAUUCCCCGCAGUCUGUAAUACCUUAAACCUCAAGAGUCAGGGCAGAAGCCGAUUCCCAAGAUAUGCUUAGAUUUCGCUCCAGUUCACCUAUUAUAUUUUUCAUUUCGCAUAAAG